CGAAAAACCGGAGAAAAAAAGAAGCAAGAAUUUUAUUAGACUUCUGAGCACAACUUGCACUUAUUUGAGUUCGUGUUUUUUUUUGUGUGUGCGAAAAUUCGAGAAUAUUAAUAGUAAUGGCGGCGCCAAUACAACAUGAAGAUUUGCUUAAGCUGAAGAGCUUCAUCGAGUUUGUGAACACAAAUCCAACGGUGUUGAAUAUGCCGCAACUGCAGUUUGUGAAGGAUUUCGUGGAGAAGUUCGGCGGCAAGGUGCCCGAUGGUGACUUCAAGAUGCCGGAAGCGGGCAGCAAAUGUCCAUUUGGUGGCGAUGCUGGCGGUGCCAAAGCAAAGCCGGCUGCUGAUGCUCCUUCGGCUAAAGCCGAUGAGGAUGAUUCCGAGGAAAGCGACUCCAAUGAAUCGGAGCCUGAAUCAGACAUUGAACUGGAUAUGGAAGGCGUCAUUGAAGCCGACAAAGAUGCUGCCCAGCCUAUGGGGGAUUCGUCCAAAGAGCCGACGGAAGAGGAAAUCGAUCAGGCUGGCGAUUUGCGUUCCCAGGCAGCUGCCGCCUAUGGCGAACAGAAAUUCGAUGAGGCCAUUAGCUUCUACAGCAAGGCCAUUGAACUCAAUCCGGGCAAUGCUUUAUUCUAUGCCAAGCGUGGCCAGGCAUUCCUCAAGCUGAAGAAACCAAAUGCCUGUAUUCGCGACUGCGACAAGGCUCUUGAACUUAACUGCGAUUCGGCGGCCGCCUACAAGUUCCGUGGACGUGCCCAUCGCUUGUUGGGAGAGUUCGAGAAGUCCGCAAAGGAUUUGCGUCAGGCAUGCAAACUGGACUUUGAUGAGGAGGCCGAUGAGUGGCUGCGCGAAGUCACACCGAAUGCCCAGAAGAUUGAGCAGCAUCGCAUCAAGCAGGAACGCAAGCAGGCGGAGCGUGACAUCAAGAAUCGCCAGCGUGCUCAGAGUCGUGCUCGCAAGGAGCAAGCCAAGCAGCAGAGUGCUGCGGGUGGCUCGUUCCCUGGCGGUUUCCCAGGUGCUGGUGGUUUCCCUGGAGCUGGUGGUUUCCCUGGCGCUGGUGGAUUCCCAGGUGCUGGCGGCUUCCCUGGCGCUGGAGCUGGUGGCAUGCCGGCUGGAUUUGAUAUGGGCGAUUUGAUGUCGAAAAUGAAGGAUCCUGAGGUUGCUGCGGCCAUGGAGGACAUUUUGGGCGAUCCGGCCAAAUUCUCCAAAUACAUUGGCAACCCCAAGGUGUCCAAUUUGAUGAAGACCUUCUUCCCGGGCGGUUUCCCCGGUGGCGAAGGAGCUGCUGGAGCAGCUGCCAGCGAUGCUGCUGGUAACAAUUCGAAUCCUUCGGGCAGCGAUGCGGAGGGCAAGUCAUCAACAAAUAGCAGCGAGGCACCAAAGCCCAAAAAGCAGGCGGACUUUGUGGAUGAUGGACUCGACUAGAAAGUCUACACAGCUUGACAACAGCAGCAACACAACAACAAUAACAAUUACAAUUACAAUCGAAACAUUUACCAAAAACAAUUGCACACAUAUAAACAAAAACAAACAAAGAAACACAUGAAAAAGAGCAAGACAGCAAGCAAAGAAACACACUAAAGAGAAAAGGAUAGCUAAAGGAAUGGGAAAAGACUUUAAAUGUAACAACAACAAAAACAAAAAAUAAUUUGAAUAAUUUGAAAUGUUGCGAUGCGCUGCUGUAUGUUAAUGAACAGCGUUAACUUUGCCAUAACACAAAGAAUACGACAGAAAAAAUGAGAAGAGCAACAAACAUGUUUCCUUAUUAACAUAUACAUAUAUAAAUUUAAAUUGAUAUAUUAAUAUAUAAAUAUAUCGAUAUGAUAUCUAGUUGAACUAACGCUCGAAAUGAGGAAAAACUAAAGCACGUGGGAAAAAUGAAAUGAAAACAAAGAGAAGCAAAAGCAAAUACAAUAAUUACACAACAUUAAACGAUUAGCCUUAAUUCUAACCCAAUAUUGAGAAGGAAUAAACAAUACACACACACACACAUAACACAUACAUGCAAACAUUAACAAGAAGAGCAAAAAACUCACGAAUGUAAUUGAAGUGGAGAUAAUUUGUGUACUGAACGUAGGAUUUGAAUUAAUAAGCAAUAAGCAAAAAUGCAUUUAUCAGUCAUUUAACACACACAACAAACGCAUCACACAUAUUCACAAUCAUCAUUUCCCACCUCCCAAUUUGGCCAAUAUAAAUUCGCAAAAUUCCCAAAAAUCUACGUUCCACAACUUCAACUUCAUCACAUCUUCACCAACCCAUUAUAAUACUA